GACCCUCAGCCCUGCCGCGAUGGGUGCCUCGAGCUGCCGCGCCGAGAAGUGUGGCCGCACGUGCGACGAGUCUGAGGGCGAGGGGGAGUCCGGUGAGGACCGGGAGGUGGUGGACAUUUCGUCGCUCCCCGGGUCCGUGGCAAAGGAGGAUUGCGUGAUGCCGUGGAACCAGAGGGACAUGCAGUCGCCCACCGUGGGCGCGAACUUCAGCACCGCACUUCCCCAGGCGGUCCUCAUGCACCCGCGCAGCCUGAAGCGGAGGCGCCGCUGCAUCACGAAAUGGUACACGGCCGAGGUGCAGUUCCUUCCUGGCUUUGUCUACUCCCGGCGCUCUCGCCCGGAGCCCACGAGGAGGGCGGUGCAGAAUGAGCCGCCGAAGCGGGAGAAGGAAGACGGGGGGGCCUUGCGGGAAACCAGCGAAACCAGCGUCUAA